AUGGCAAACGAAUUCAAUACCGAAGCUUUUACGCUGCUCGCUAUCGGCGUUCUAAUCGUUGCCAUACGGACAGCCUCAAGGUUGUCCGUCGUUGGCCUUAAGGCAUUAUGGCUUGAUGAUUAUCUUAUGCUAUUUGCAACUGUCAUCUACGGCCUCGAGACGGGUGCUGCGUAUAUCGUCGGCGCUUGGUGGCUAGGCCUCGCAAACAAUGGGAUGACUGAUGAGCAGCGACGAACAUUGGAUCCCAACUCUCAAGAAUACCGUUAUCGGAUUAAUGGAUCAAAGACGCAGCUUAUCGGAUGGAGUCUUUACACGUUACUCUUGUGGACUCUUAAGCUUUGUAUGAUCAUAUUUUAUCAUCGCCUAACAGAAGCUCUCGAGUACAUGAAGAUCCGGAUACGCAUCGGCUAUGGCGUUGUCAUUGUGACGUACCUUGUUACUGAGUUGUCCAUCUUGCUUGGAUGCCAUCCGUUCCACAAGAACUGGCAAAUCUUCCCAAAUCCUGGCAACCACUGUCAACCCGCCAUCUCAAAAAUUGAUCUGUACGUUACUGUGGUUCUGAACGUGCUUUCCGACGCAUAUCUGCUGUCCAUACCAAUUCCUCUGCUGUGGAAAGCCGACGUGCCUAUGGCUAAGAAGCUUUCUUUGAUCUUCAUCUUCUCCGGAGCCGUAUUCGUCAUGGCCGCUGGUAUCCUGCGUGUCGCCUUGAUCAUUGCUGACCCCGUCGGCGGAGCUCAAGCCGCAGGAAGCUGGGCAGUUCGCGAAACCUUCGUCGCCGUUGUUGUUUGCAACCUGCCACUGGUGUACCAAGGCGGUCGACGACUUACUAAGGCCGCCACUGCAAGUGGUCUCUUCUCCAGGUCGUCAGCUUCGCGCACGGGCUGCAGCAAGUCUAGCGAGGAGACCGCCCUUGAGCUUUCCGCGCGGCGAGACUCGGUUCGAAGAAAAGAGUUUGACGCGAGGCAAAAAGAGAUGCAGCAAGAAUUUCUUGCUUCAGAGGCACCAUGGAGAUUUUCUGCGCCGCUUUGA